GCUGUUCUGAAGAGUUUUCCCCACAACAACAUCUUACAUGUCGAAUGUUUAGAAUGCUAAAAAGUGUGCGGAGUACUUUCCCACCCAAGAUGGACCCCCUUUGGCCUUUGAAGGCGACGUAUAUGUUUCGUUCAAAAGACAGGAGAUGUUUCCUUUCCCAUUCGAGACUCAUGUAAGGGUUCAAAUCACGCACUUGGAAGUGACCGUUCCUGGGCAGCCUCCUCAUAGCUGUUCACACUAUCAUUGGCUUGAUUGGCCAGAUAGAGGUGUUCCAGAGGCUGAUUUGGCACCAGUAGCAUUACUUGGUAAACUAAAAGAUAGCAUAACGCCAAUAGUUGUCCACUGUUCCGCAGGAAUAGGACGAACCGGCUCAAUAGUACUUAUCGAACAUGCUUUGGAACUUCUACAACGAAAUCAGCCUCUAUUGGAAAUCAGUGGAUACUUACAGGACCUACGUAAGCAAAGGAAUAAUAGCAUACAGCAUGCCAAAUAUCUGGACGACAGCGUUACGCCGCAUUUGGAGGCGUUCACGAAAGAUUACGUCAAGGCCACCAAAGGAUUCUGA